AUGUCACCAGAGGAAGCUAGAAGGUUGCAGGAGCUGGCCAAAGAGGACGAAGAAAGAGAGCAGCAAGAAGCAAUUGAGAAAGCAGAGGAGAAGCUGGCAAAAGCAACCAAAGCAGCCCGAAAGGCAGCCAAGGCAGUCGACAAGGCAGCCGACAAGGCAGCCGACAAGGCAGCCAAACCGAAGAAGAAGACCACCGCCAAACGAAAGAAUCCAUCAACAACGAAGGCAGCAGGAAACAAGAAAAAGAGGGCAGCAAACAAGAAGAAGGAUGCUCCACAGACGAAGUAG